UCUUGUGAGUCAGUACGUAUGCGUUGCACGACUGUUAGCCAUAAUAGUAGAAGAUACGGCCUGCGCUGGUGCAUUAGGUAGCCGUACGCCGCCGUCGCACCGUGCGCCUGAGACGCUCUACCUCUACCUCCGCUGGGAACCCAAAAACCGGUAAAAUGUCGACCGCAAGCGUUUUGCUAACCGUGGGGACUACUUGGGGUAUCUGUAGUGAAAAGGCCGAUAAAGGGCGAGGCAGGAAUGGGCAGAACCUGGGGACAAUCGUGUUGGAGACCAGCAAGGAGCUGCGUGAGACGCCGGCCGGCCGUGAGCAGGCGCUCGACAUCAUGAGGAAAUGGAUACAGAAGAACGGUGACAUCAGAAAUGUACGACAAGACGAUAACUUCUUGCUACGGUUUCUGCGAGUCAAAAAGUAUAGCAUUCCAUUAGCACAACAAACUUUACUGAAGUAUCUAAACUUGAAAAGAUUCUACCCAGAAGUUGGGCAACAUCUUGAUUGGAAAGAAGACAAAAAUCUUUACCAACUCAUAAACACCGGGUACAUAGCGAUUUCGCCAGUCCGGGACAGCAAGGGUCGCCGGGUCAUCAUUUACAACAUGAACAAGUUCAAGCCGGAACACAUGACGAGUUGGGACCUAGUCCGGGCCCACACCGUGGUGUACGAGAGCCUCCUGGAGGAUCCCUCAGUCCAGGUGUGCGGCGUCACCCACGUCGGCGAUGGCAGCGGAGUCACCACUGGCCACGUCACAGCUUGGAACCCCACCGACUUCGCAAGAAUUAUGAAAUGGUCUGAAGAAUCAUUACCUAUGAGACACAAGGCGUUUCAUUUACUUAACGUCCCUACUGCCUUCAAGUACAUCAUUGAUUUUGUUAUGAGCAGAGCAUCACCAAAAAUGUCACCAAGAGUUCACAUUCAUUCGAGCACGAACGAACUAAAUGUGAAUUAUGACGCAGCUUGCGUUCCAACGGAAUUCGGGGGCGAAAUUCCACUGCAGGACAUGAUAGCUUACACCAAGCAAAUCCUUGAAGAGCACAGGGAUACUGUUGUAGCGCUAGACAAAAUGGAAAUUCUGAGUACCAGGGGCAUCAUAACGUCUAGGAACAAAGGAGACACCAAGGACGGAGUAUCGACCGAAGGCAGUUUUAGAAAACUUGAGAUAGAUUAAUAAUUUCUAUCGAAUUUAUAAGCCUUUGUGUGAUAUUUCAGUAUUUCUUUAUAUUUAUGUAGGUUUUGGUUUUGUAAGCUAUUGUACGUGUAGUGACUAUCUAAAUAUAAUAGUAAACAGAGCAUAAUCUACGACGUAGGAAUAAGAUAUUUUGUGCACUUAAUUUCAAUGUCAUAAGUAUUUAGUACCUUGCUAAUUAUUGAUAGAUGUACGUUUGAUAGUAAAUAAUUUAUCACAAAUUAA